GCCCGUAUUUUCACGACGCCAACCCCAAAACCCAUCGAAAGGCCGCACACACAGAGAAAGGGGAGCCCUAAUCUCAAGGCAGCGGCUGCGAGCGCUGCUCUUCCCUCUCCUCCCCAGCCGCCGCCAGCUACACACCGAGCUCGCCGGCUCUCUCCUUUGCUCCUCCUCCUUCACCCUUCCUCCUCCCCUCGUCGCUGCGUGAUGGAGGCCGAGGCGGCGGCGAAGAGGGCACGGGAGAGCGGGGACGCCGCGGUCGAGGCGUCGGCGGCCGGGGCCGGCGAGCAGGCGGGGCUCUCCGCCGUCAUCCCCGGGUGGUUCUCCGAGAUUAGCCCCAUGUGGCCUGGUGAGGCACACUCUUUGAAGGUGGAGAAGGUGCUGUUCCAAGGGAAGUCGGCUUACCAAAAUGUGUUGGUGUUUCAGUCAUCUACGUACGGCAAGGUCCUAGUCCUGGAUGGAGUGAUUCAAGUUACUGAGAGGGAUGAGUGUGCGUACCAAGAGAUGAUUACUCACAUUCCCCUUUGCUCCAUCAAAGAUCCCAAGAAGGUGUUAGUUAUUGGAGGGGGAGAUGGUGGUGUUCUGCGUGAGGUUUCAAGGCAUUCCUCAGUGGAACAAAUUGACAUUUGUGAAAUUGACAAGAUGGUUGUAGAUGUCUCCAAGCAAUUUUUCCCUCAUCUGGCUGUUGGAUUUGAAGAUCCUCGUGUAUCAUUACACAUUGGAGAUGGUGUCGCCUUUUUGAAAAAUGCUCCAGAGGGUACUUAUGAUGCAGUUCUUGUGGAUUCCUCUGAUCCGAUAGGUCCUGCUCAAGAACUAUUUGAGAAGCCUUUCUUCCAGUUGGUGGCCAGAGCUUUACGUCCAGGUGGAGUUGUAUGCACCCAGGCAGAGAGCAUAUGGCUACAUAUGCACAUCAUUGAAGAUAUUGUUGCCAAUUGUCGCCAAGUUUUUAAAGGCUCGGUUAACUAUGCUUGGACAACAGUACCGACAUACCCUAGCGGAGUGAUUGGGUUUAUGCUUUGUUCCACGGAGGGUCCCACUGUUGAUUUCCAGCACCCUGUUUUUAACAUUGAGGAGGAUGAGUAUUCAACGAAAUCGAAAGGACCGCUGAAGUUCUACAACUCAGAGAUCCACUCGGCAUCAUUUUGUUUGCCAUCUUUUGCGAAGAGGGUCAUCGAGUCAAAAGCCAACUAGAUGCGGAGAGCUUAAUUGAGUCCAAGUUCAAUUGGACGAGUCCCUUGCCCCCUUUUUUCCUUUAAAUAAGCACUGGAGAUGCAAGCAGUUAUCAAAGUUGUUGGUCCAUGUGAUUCUGUUAGUUGUAUGUCUCAGCUGCUGUGUGCCGCUGUGAAAAACGUUUUGUAUUUGGUAGCUGUUUUGGGCAGUUCUCUGAUCAUUUAUCAAGAUGAGUUUUGCGUCAUUUGAAUGUGAUCACCUGUUGUUUUUCUGCUACUUAUUACAUGGGACCUUUGCUCUGGUUUUGCUCA